AUGUCCACAUCGGGGCUUUCUGGAAAAUUAGCAUUGGACAAAGGGUACAGCAGUGGCAGGUCGAAGUUUCAGACCGUCAAUAUCAAUAGUGUGUAUAGUGGCAAGUCGUUAAUUGCACCAAAAAGUUCAAGUAUAACAAAAAAUGGGCUUCAGUCUCUUGGCAAGACGACGGCUAUCGCCCGUCGCAUGCCCCCACCUGCUAAUUUGCCUAGUCUAAAAUCUGAAGGCGCUGGCCAAGAUCCGAACGUUACUAUUGUUCCUAGCGGUGUUUCGGGAUGGGGUACGAAUCAGAACACGGUUACGAGCGAACAUUCAGAAUCGAGCAGCGCGAACAACACUGGCCAAAGGGUACGAUUUUCGGCGUUCGUUUGUUUCUGUCUUUAUGAAUCCUUCCCUUUCUCAGGUUCCUUCUCAGUCGUCGUAUGGUACUGGAGCAUCUGCAUCCAUUACGCAGUCUUCAUCGACAAAUCACUCUACGACGGCAUCUGGCAGUACUCGUGGUGUUGGCGGUGGCGAGAGUGCGAAGCAGACAUGGAGUUCUCGCAUUGGAAACAGUGGACCGUCCGCGGAGCAAGGUUUCGUAGUGGCAGCGCAAGAGUUUCCAAAACUUGCCGGAAAUCAAGCGGAGGAAGAGCUGAAGGGGCCAAGUUUAAGACCACAGAGUAG